AUGUUAGUAACAAAGAUCUUAUACGGAUCAUUGCUGCCACUACUUUGGUGUUUGCAGUUAGUUUAUGCUACAGAUGGUGGUACAACGUUUUAUUGUCAAGAUGGCCUGACUACUGUCUCGACUUCUACAAGUCUAGAGGAUAAUUUAGUCUUUUUUUUUACGACGUACACUUAUAUUUACUACCCAUAUACGACUACUACAAUUACAACUACAUAUCAAACGUCUGGCCCUUCAACCACUAUCACUUCGACUUCUGUGGUCACAAAUGCUAAUGGUUCUAACUCUGGAGUCUGUUUGAAGACUAUAAGCCUUCAAACCUUCACCCCAUUGAUCUUUGACAUAACUACUAUUACCAUUGGUUCCCCCGUUGCUAGUAGAACUACAUACUCUACUUCAAUUUACAAAAAUGCUAAUUCUUUGACUGAAACCACCAUUUAUUACGUCGCUAUUCCAUAUAGUAGCUCUACUCAAACAGUCAGAACUACCAGUCAAUUCAGCGGUAAUUCCCAAACCUAUAACACUGCUUACAGAACUGUAACCGGUACUUCCGGUAACCAAACUAUAUAUACCACAUACUAUGUUGCUGUUCCAACCAAUCUAUUACAUUCCACCACGACAAAUGACGGUUGGACUGGCAAUUUCGCCACAACAUGGUCUACACAAUUUGUGACCACUACAGGUGGCGAUGGAUUAGCCACCCCUGGUAGUAUUUAUUGGGUCCACACAGCGAGAGCAGCUGGUAUUACAAUCACCGGUACAUGGUCAGGCACGUUCACGACUUUCUACUCCACUAGUUAUUCCUACUCCACUAGUUAUUUAUUGCUCCUUGCACUUACAACAUACACCACAACAUACUACUACAUCAAUAUCCCUCAAUAUUUUUACAGCACCACGAGCACUACUGCCUCUACAGGAUCUGGUACAGUUACAUAUUCUACCUCUAUCUAUUCUGUUACCGGUUCUGAUGGGAACGUAACGACCAGCAUCAUCUAUUAUGUUGCUACCCCUACACGUCAAUACACCGCUACUUCUCGCACUACCAGUAAUUUCGAUGGUGCAUCAAACACUUACAGUACUAUGUUUACCACUUUUACCGAUGCGAGUGGAAAUGCCACUACACAGACGACAUACUAUGUUGCUGUUCCAACCAAUCUAUUACAUUCCACCACGACAAAUGACGGUUGGACUGGCAAUUUCGCCACAACAUGGUCUACACAAUUUGUGACCACUACAGGUGGCGAUGGAUUAGCCACCCCUGGUAGUAUUUAUUGGGUCCACACAGCGAGAGCAGCUGGUAUUACAAUCACCGGUACAUGGUCAGGCACGUUCACGACUUUCUACUCCACUAGUUAUUCCUACUCCACUAGUUAUUUUUUGCUCGUUCCUCUCAUAUACACUACAACAUACUACUACAUCAAUAUCCCUCAAUAUUUUUACAGCACCACCAGCACUACUGCCUCUACAGGAUCUGGUACAGUUACAUAUUCUACCUCUAUCUAUUCUGUUACCGGUUCUGAUGGGAACGUAACGACCAGCAUCAUCUAUUAUGUUGCUACCCCUACACGUAAAUCUACCGCUACCUCUAGUACUACCAGUAACUACAAUGGCAAUACUAUGACUUACACAACCGUUAUCAACACUUACACUGAUGCGAGUGGAAAUGCCACUACUCAGACGACAUACUAUGUUGCUGUUCCUACCAACUAUUUAAAAUCUACUACUACUAAUGACGGUUGGACCGGUGGUGUUGCGACUACAUGGUCUACACAAUAUGUGACGACCACUGGUGUCGAUGGAUCUACCACUCCAGGUACUAUAUAUUGGGUUCACACAUCGAGAGCAGGUGGUAUUACAGUCACCGGUACAUGGUCAGGCACAUUCACGACUUUCUACUCCACCAGUAUUUCCUAUUCUACUAGUUAUCUAAUAUUAUUUCCUGUUGACACAUCCACUACAACAUUCUACUACAUUUAUAUCCCAGCAUUCAACAGGACAUUAACCACUACUUCCUAUGGCAGAUUGUCAUAUACCACAACAUAUUCCACUUCGAUAUUCUCAGUUACUGACUCUAAUGGAAACGUAACAACAAGUACCAUUUACUACGUCGUAACAUCUCAGAGAGUAUCACAAGAGACUGAUAGAACUACCAGUAAUUUCAAUGGUGCAUCAAACACUUACAGUACUAAGUUUACCACUUUUACUGAUGCGAGUGGAAAUGCCACUACACAGACGACAUACUAUGUUGCUGUUCCAACCAAUCUAUUACAUUCCACCACGACAAAUGACGGUUGGACUGGCAAUUUCGCCACAACAUGGUCUACACAAUUUGUGACCACUACAGGUGGCGAUGGAUUAGCCACCCCUGGUAGUAUUUAUUGGGUACACACUUCUAGAAAUGCUGGUGUUACUUUCUCAAGUGAUUGGACAGGUUCUUUCACUACUGUUUGGUCAACUGCCGUCUCAUAUGAUGUCUGGCAUAUUGCUGGUAUCCCUUAUGCAACAAGUACUACAACUUACUAUUAUCUUAACAUACCUCAUUAUGGUUCAACUAUCACUAAUACCAGUUGGGGAAGUCAUGCUUAUACAACUACUGUUAGCAGUUUGUUAACAUCUUAUACACAAGAUAAUGGUGAUGUUACAACAAUUACAUAUUAUUACAUCGAAACACCGGUUCGUCGUAGUACAUCUAGCAAUACAAUGGAAAUUGAUAUUGGUGGCUUACAAUCCUCUACAUAUUUAUCUGUUUCUAGAACGGUUACCGAUGAUGCUGGUAUCGAAACAACCGAAACUACAUAUUUCAUUGCUAUUCCUACUGCUCUUUUCAGUACAACAACUACUGCGCCAUGGACAGGUUGGUAUACCUACACAUACUCUAUUGGAACUGAUGUUGUUACAGGCGAUGAUGGAUUUACAUCCACAAAAACAGUCUAUCAUGUCGCUACACCAACUCCUUGGGGUUAUUGGAUAACUACUUACUGGACUGGAACAUAUACGACAUAUUACCAGGAUGGUUAUACUUUGGCUUUUGGUUUCCUGUUCAUAUUCUUUGGUCUAUGGCUUUUCCCACUUUAUUACUUGGAGACACCUUUACGUGCUACGACAUUUACCACUGGGACUUACGCUUGGGAUAGUAACUACAGUUCCCGUUUCUUUGCUACUAAAACAUUAAGGGGUUUUGAUGGUUAUGACACUACAGAGUACAUUUACACACUAUAUACUCCAGCUAGCACAUUAACUUCAACUCAAUUCACUCAAGGUACGUUUACAGGUACCACCAGUGAUACUACAAAAACCACAACAUUAUCAGUUGGUAAUUAUUUAACUUAUCACUAUGAAGUAGUUUAUUAUGUGGCAUUGCCUCAUAAUGCUGGAGAAACAACUACUUACACCCAGUGGACUAGGAACUAUGCCUCCAGCAUUUCAUCUUACUUAACUACAUCUACUGAUGAUAGCAGUAUUACUUACACAAUUACAGUAUAUGUAGUAGCUACACCCUCUUUAGCUCUAUCUACAAGUUAUACAGGAUGGACAGGGUCAUACAACAGAAUUUUAUCUACGUCAACGUAUACAUCUUUGGGUUAUAUCGAUGACUUUUUAGCUGAGUGGACUAUAUCCGUUGUUAUUUUUGAAACUACUUAUCGAAAGUUAACAACUAGUGUUGUCACAUGGGGUAAUGUAGCUGAGGAUGUGACUUAUUCCACACAAAUCAAAUUGAUUACCAACAUAUUAGGAGAAGAGGUGACUGAGACUAUUUAUUAUAUCACAACUCCAGUUCGUAAUUCUUCCUCCACCGAGUACUUCCCAUUUUCAACAGGUACAGUAACCACUACAAUUUCUACUAUAUAUUCAAAUGUAGUGGGAACGGAUGGAUAUACUACUUCAGAGACAAUAUAUUAUGUUGCUAUUCCAAUAAAUAGUAAUAAAGUUACAGUUUUUACCAAUUGGACUGGUACUUUCAUUGACUUUUACUCCACGACUACCGUUGCUGGUUUGCUAUCGACCAUAACUACAUAUUUUGUCAGAACACCAGGCAAUGGUUUACUUACGUCUUUUAUUGCAUGGGGUGGUGAUUUUACGUCUACUUUCUUGACAACAACUACCACCAGCUUCGGUUACUCAGAGGGUUAUUAUGGUGGUUGGCAAUAUACACUAUAUGUAGUAGAGACCCCGGAACGUUUUUCCUCUACGACUACAUAUGAUCCAUGGACUCAAACAUAUACUGAAACUUAUGCCGAAAGCGUCAGAAUUAUUACAGGUAGCGAUGGGGAGGAAACUACUGAAACGAUUUUCUUUGUCCAUGCUCCCUGGCAUAUUACCACCACGAGUACCACUACUGGUUGGCAAAGAAGUUUUACAGAAACAUAUUCAGUUGCCACUGUUAUUACGACGGGAGAGGAUGGUAAUAUAUCCACUGUUAUUGUAUACAUGGUUGCCACACCACAAUCUGCAAUUACCACAACAUCUUAUUCUUAUUGGACUUCUGAAGUUACCAAGACCUGGUCUACUUCUGUGUUUAUUUCAACCAAUAGUGAAGGAUUUGUAUAUUCAGAAACCAUCUAUUUUGUUAACACUCCUAUAAGGAAAUCCUUGACUACCUCAUUUAUAGCAGCAAGUACAGUUGAUUAUACUUCCACCUUUUCAACACUAAUCAGUACUUACACAGCUAGCAAUGGGGAAGAAACUACUGAAUAUACUUAUGUUGUACUUACACCUAUUUUUACUUCUCUUUCCACUAAAUAUUCCGCUUGGGAACUUUCUCAGACUUUAACAUUCUCAACUUUUGUCACUACGUUGACGAAAAAUGGCAAUGUGAUCACUGAAACUGUUUAUUAUGUUUUGACACCAAGAAAUGUAUUCUACAGUACAAGCUUCACUUAUGGGUUUGGUCUUACAGAAACUAUAGCAACAUACUUAACAACAAUAAUUGGAUCCGAAGGAGCCGCUACGACUGGUAUAAUAUACAUCGUUCAAACGCCAAUACGAUUAUCAACAUCAAGCACUUAUGUGUCCUGGUCAAUUGAAUCGUUAUCAACUUCGAUUAAAACAGUUACUAUUACGGAUGAAGAUGGAGAUGAAGUUACGGAGACUAUAUACUAUGUUUUUGGUCCUGAAUAUCAAUUAACCUCUACAACAUAUUUAACUGGUUUGUUUGAAGAUCUCGAAACCUUAUCCACUAUGUACUCCAAGUAUUACGGGCCUGAUGGAUUCCUAACUGAGGCAGUCAUUUAUCUUGUGAAUGUUAAAGAGCAAGAAACUUCGAGUGAAGAAAGCUCAGAAGAAACCCCUACUGAAAACAGCUCUGAAGUUGAAAGCUCUGCCACUGAAUCCUCCGGUGAGCACUCUUCAGCUGUUGAAACAUCUUCAGCUGGAUCCUCCGCUGAAGAAAGCUCAGAAGAAACCCCUACUGAAGACAGCUCUGAAGUUGAAAGCUCUGCCACUGAAUCCUCCGGUGAGCACUCUUCAGCUGUUGAAACAUCUUCAGCUGGAUCCUCCGCUGAAGAAAGCUCUGAAGAAACCCCUACUGAAAACAGCUCUGAAGUUGAAAGCUCUGCCACUGAAUCCUCCGGUGAGCACUCUUCAGCUGUUGAAACAUCUUCAGCUGGAUCCUCCGCUGAAGAAAGCUCAGAAGAAACCCCUACUGAAGACAGCUCUGAAGUUGAAAGCUCUGCCACUGAAUCCCCUGCCACUGAGAAUUCUGGUAACGAUGUUUCAAGUACUUCAGAUGUCCCACAUUCUGAUGAAUCUAUCUCCCAGGAUAGUAAAUCUUAUAUGUCUCAUAUAAGCCAAUCUAACACUAACCAAUCCAAUGAAAGUUCAUUCAGAAGUACCUCCCAGGUCUCGUCGGAAGGUUCCGUAACUACCUCCACGUACACUUCGACUGACUCUGAAGGCAACGUCACCACUGGCACCACGACCUUCCCAGUCGAAUCCUCGUCCGAAGCCUCGUCUGAAGCCUCUUCCGAAGGUUCCGUAACCGCCUCCACGUACACUUCGACUGACUCUGAAGGCAACGUCACCACUGGCACCACGACCUUCCCAGUCGAAUCCUCGUCCGAAGCCUCUUCCGAAGGUUCCGUAACCGCCUCCACGUACACUUCGACUGACUCUGAAGGCAACGUCACCACUGGCACCACGACCUUCCCAGUCGAAUCCUCGUCCGAAGCCUCGUCUGAAGCCUCUUCCGAAGGUUCCGUAACCGCCUCCACGUACACUUCGACUGACUCUGAAGGCAACGUCACCACUGGCACCACGACCUUCCCAAUCGGGUUUUCUAGUUAUUCAGAUCUAACCAGAUCAGUUGAAGAAACAAACGUUAUAUCAAUUUGGACUUCCACUGACUCAUAUGGUAAUAUCAUAAGUGGUAGUAGCAUCUUAAAUAUCAGUCAUUCUAAGGACUGUACAAGCAUGUCGCACUCCACAGUAAUAUCAGGUGAACUAAUUAACGCAAUAUCGAAGUCGAGACAACCUACCAGCAGUUUUGACAAUGUUAGUAUGAACGAAUCUUCUGCCUCUGUCCCAGCCCCAGUCACGACGACAGUUGUUUCUGGCAGCUCGACCGAGACCGACGUGAUCUCGUUCUACACCACCACCGACUCUGACGGCGAAGUCAUCACGACCUCGACCACCUACACCGGUGUCACCUCUGAAUCUUCUGCCUCUGUCCCAGCCCCAGUCACGACGACAGUUGUUUCUGGCAGCUCGACCGAGACCGAUGUGAUCUCGUUCUACACCACCACCGACUCUGACGGCGAAGUCAUCACGACCUCGACCACCUACAGCGCCGUUUCCUCUGAAUCUUCUGCCUCUGUCCCAGCCCCAGUCACGACCACAGUUGUUUCUGGCAGCUCGACCGAGACCGACGUGAUCUCGUUCUACACCACCACCGACUCUGAGGGCGAAGUUGUCACGACUUCCACCACCUACACUGGUGUCACUUCUGAAUCGUCUGCCUCUGUCCCAGCUCCAAUCACAACCACAGUUGUUUCUGGCAGCUCGACCGAGACCGACGUGAUCUCGUUCUACACCACCACCGACUCUGAGGGCGAAGUUGUCACGACUUCCACCACCUACAGCGCCGUUUCCUCCGAAUCGUCUGCCUCUGUCCCAGCCCCAGUCACGACCACAGUUGUUUCUGGCAGCUCGACCGAGACCGACGUGAUCUCGUUCUACACCACCACCGACUCUGACGGCGAAGUUGUCACGACCUCCACCACCUACACUGGUGUCACCUCUGAAUCGUCUGCCUCUGUCCCAGCCCCAGUCACGACGACAGUUGUUUCUGGCAGCUCGACCGAGACCGACGUGAUCUCGUUCUACACCACCACCGACUCUGACGGCGAAGUCAUCACGACCUCGACCACCUACAGCGCCGUUUCCUCUGAAUCGUCUGCCUCUGUCCCAGCCCCAGUCACGACCACAGUUGUUUCUGGCAGCUCGACCGAGACCGACGUGAUCUCGUUCUACACCAACCACCGACUCUGUACGGCGAAGUCAUCACGACCUCGACCACCUACAGCGACCGUUUCCUCUGAAUCGUCUAGCCUCUGUCCCAGUCCCCAGUCACGACCACA